AAGUCACAAAACAACGCUUAAUUCGACAGUGUAGAUCGAGCUCUCACAUAUUUUCUUUAAAAAUCUCUAAAAUGAAAGUGUUAUACUUCAUUGUCGGAAUUUGGUGUGUACAGCAAAUUAGUGCACAAGACACAAGUGCUCUUACAGCCGCAUGUAUAUCGACACAACAACUGCUAGCAGCAACUGCAAUGGCAUGUCAGCAGAAAAACAAUACUGAUCUGUGGCAAAAAAUUAUUGAUUGUCAUGAACCGAUAUCCGAUCAGUUUCUUCGAGUCAGUUCAGAAGCCCGUUGUCCGAAAAACAGGCAUGUUGAAGAUCCAAUGGAUACAUCGUUUUCAAUUCAAGAGGUAUUUUUCAAUAUUUGCGAUUUAAUUGAAGGAUCCCCAGAAGACAGAUCAGAGGGACUGUCGUGCCUAAUCAGCGGGACCAUGUCACCUUACAGAAUGAGCCACGCUUUUGAAGUGAAUAUUGUUCACCUACUAUUCGGCGAGAACGUACCCUGUGAUCUUGGGAUAUGCAUAAAGAAAUUGUUCAACUUCAGUUAAUUUCUCAACGGGUAAUAUAUGUGUCGCUCAGAUU